AUGAAGGUCGACCUACUCAACUCCCUGUCCUUGAUUCUUGUCCUCCUUGUGGGGUGCCCCCUUCAACAAAAAAUGGUGGGGGCAAUCGAGACAACGACGGAGGAUGGCCUUUCGGAUGCUACCGAUGACUCCUCCGCCGCACCGCCACCUUGCACCACGCCGAGCCACCCGGGCUCAUCGACGUCCGCCCCGUGCGAGGCCGGAAGUGGGGACGACUUUGACCUUUCUCAGUCCACCCCACCGCCAGAUUUCUCCGAGCCGACAAACACCACCAUGCCGCCGGACUACAUCACCGAUGGGGCAGGCUCCAAGGACAAUGCGACAUCUCCCGAUGGCCAAGACAGGAAGGAACGGCGCCGACGGUUUUGGUGGGCCUGGAUGAAGAAACAUGGCGGGAUGAAUGGGACUGGUUGGGGCGGGAAACACUGGGGAGGGAAAAAUCGGACAGGCUGGGGCGGGAAGAAGAGGGGCGGGAAGUUUGGGAAGUCAAAGCAUGGGAAGGGUGGGAAGCGAGGCGGGAAUAAAAAAGGAAAGGGGGGAGGAGGUGGUGGUGGGAUGAAACAUAAGUCAGAUAAGGACGGUGGAGAUAAGAAGAAAGAUUGA